AUAUUUUGUUCACUAAGGUCUACAUACAUGUAAACUUUAUUUUAUCAUGUCAUAUUCGUUCCCAUACCAGCAACAUACAAGACACCCAACUUCAGUUAUGAUGUCUCCUAUUAAAGGAAUGCAACAACCAAUGUACAGAAACUAUUCAGAUUGCGGAAGUAUGUCCGCCUACCAAAACCUACCAAUGGUGUAUUCGAAUUGGCCACAAUGGCCAACUGAUUAUGGUUCCACCAACAACCAAUUGCCGCAAAUGAACAGACGUUAUGGAGUUGGCAUGCCUGCUGUAUCAACACCAUUAAGCCCAGCAACACCAACGUCACAUCGUACACUAACUGCAGUGGAACCUAUAUCUCCUGCUGUACGACCUGCAUUACCAAACAACAAUAUAAGCAUGCCUCCUAUUGGUACAUCACCCGUACCUAGUGUGUCAAACCAUGCUUUGUCUACACCUACAGGAUCAAAGAGAGGACGUCCACGUGCAGAUGUAAUCUCCACAUUACAAUAUUUCGGGUCAAAUUCAAGUUGCACGAUUCGCUGUCGAGUUUGCCGCAGAGUUUUUCCGCGCGAAAAAUCGUUACAAGCGCAUCUACGUACUCAUACAGGGGAAAGACCGUACAGAUGUGAUUUUCCAAACUGCACGAAGUCAUUUGUACAAAGUGGACAAUUAAAAACCCACCAACGAUUGCAUUCUGGGGAAAAACCAUUCAGAUGUUCCAAUGAAGUUUGUAAAGUCCGAUUCACCCAUGCAAAUCGCCACUGUCCUGACCACCCUGAAGCAAAACUAUUACGAGAUGAUCCUGGUGCAUUAGUUGGCUUGCUUGAAAGUGGAAAGAAAGAAGAUAGCUUGAUUGCUGAAUGGUUAAACAAAUAUGUCAGACUCAGGAUGGACAGAGCGUCAUCCAUUUCACAACCAAAGUCGAAUUUAAAGAGAGAAUUAUCAGAGAAUUCAGCCAGUGACGAUGAUGAAAAGAAUGUUGAGAAGUCGUUACAACAAAGCCAUGAUAUUAAGGCAAAUUCCAUGCCACAGAUGCGACUACAUACUCCACUUGUUAAGCGACAACUCCUCGCUGAUACUCCUGGAUGUAAAGAUGACGCAGAGGAGCCAGCAGUCCGCAUCCCACUUUCACCAAAGAGGAUGGAUCAGAAUGGACAAGUAAUGAAGUUUGAUCCACGACAACCAUUCAAGAAACGAAUCCUCGCUUAUAAUAAGUUAUUGAUGCGGAGGAGCAAUGAUGCAAGAGAUAAGUGUCCUCCGCAAGGAUCAGCAAAACAGAAACUUAAUUUGAACGAAAACUUGCAUUGGAAGAAUUCUUUACCAUCACCAAUAUUAGAAUCAAAGCUAAAAUGCUCAGAAAAAUUUAGUUUUCUUGAAGAGUUGGAAUCGAAUUCUGAUUUAAUUUUAACAACAAACAUAAGCCCUGUGAAAGGAAAGGCAAAGAAGGAAAAUGUGGUGAAUAAUGCUUCUUUGAGUCCAGUAAGUGAACCAACUGAUAGAUGGAAUGGGGCAUUAGCGCUCAUUCAGCUUGCAUCAAGCCCACCAUCGCGAAAAGUAAAAGAGUCAGAUCAUUAAAUAACUCUUAUUGCGUUCAAAAAGUUCCACUGUUUAUAAAACAAACUUAUAAUUGCACUGUUAGGUUUCAGAAGCUUGUUUCAAACAAUUGCUCUUUUAUAUUUUAAAUGUUCCAAGUCAGUUUCUCAAGCAAAUCAUUGUUUUUGAGUUUUCCUGAUCAGACAUGCCUUGUAAUUUGAUAACUUUCUUUGAUAUUCGACUCUUAGUGUUAAAUCUCCCACUAAUUGUAAUGAGAUGCUAUUAUUUACACCAUGCAGGUUUAAACCUGUUUUGAUGACACAUUUUGUUUGUUAUGUUGCUAUGCAACAUUUAAAUCAACUUUGUACCACUGCCACGUCAACACGUUUUUGUUGAUUUAUUCCUUUUUUAGAUUUGCAAUUAGGUGUUCGCUGCUUCAUGCUAAGCAGCAUUAUUGGCUGCUCUAAUUAAUGUGUAGUAGCAUGUGCACAAAUGUUUUAUUGGAAUAUUUAUGUAUUUUCAAUCAAUUAUAUAUUAUUGUUGCAUGUCGUACAGUUAAUUUCUCUGGUGAAAGCUGGCUGUGUGUUGUUGCUUCUUAUGGGUGUUUUAAUUAUAUUGUGUUUUAUUAUUACCAAUAUUACUUAGCAAUUCUUCAUAUUCAGAAGAUACUUUGCACACAGAUAGCAAUAAAAGAGAAACAGAA